AAGCUCUUCACCAGCAUCAGUGGUUUUGUCGUGUAUAGAGAGAGAGAGAGAGAGAGCGCGCUGUGAAUAGUUUCAUAAGAAGCUCCGGUGGGUACUGGCAUUUAAAAGGGAAAGCCACGCCUCGAAGAAACACUGCAAGCGAAUUCGGAAACUAGCCUUUCUCUUUCCCUUCUGAUUCUCCAGUCUUCGUCUAGGGUUUUUGCUUCUUCUCUCCAAUGGCUUGCUCUUCUCUCCUGAGAUCUGCGCUCGUCUCUCCCUCCCACGCUGACCUCUCGCCUUCUUCCUCUCAUCGCUUCAAGGUGUCAUGCAAUGCAUCGAGCUGCAACCUAAAAUCUAAAAGUUCACAGUCUAGCUUAUUUGGAACUUCUCUAGCAGUUGAAUCACUAGUCUUCCAAAACUGCUACGCCAGGAGUAUGCAGCCUAUCAAAGCCACAGCUACCGAAAUCCCACUCCCUGUACAGAAAUCAAGGAGCGGUGCAAAGACAAGAGUUGGAAUUAAUGGUUUUGGGAGAAUUGGAAGGUUGGUUUUGCGAAUAGCUACUUCCAGGGAUGAUAUUGAUGUUGUAGCAAUUAAUGAUCCCUUUAUUGAUGCCAAGUAUAUGGCUUACAUGUUUAAGUAUGAUUCUACUCAUGGACCGUUCAAGGGAACCAUUGAUAUUUUGGAUGGCUCUACUUUGAUAGUAAAUGGGAAGCAGAUUAAAGUUGUCGGCAAAAGAGACCCCGCAGAGAUCCCCUGGGGUGAAGUUGGGGCUGAUUUUGUUGUUGAAUCAUCAGGAGUUUUUACAACAAUGGAGAAAGCUUCAGCACAUUUAAAGGGUGGUGCCAACAAAGUUGUAAUAUCAGCUCCAUCUGCUGAUGCUCCUAUGUUUGUGGUGGGAGUAAAUGAGAAAACAUACAAGCCAAACAUGGACAUUGUUUCAAAUGCAAGCUGUACUACAAAUUGUCUUGCUCCUCUUGCCAAGGUUGUUCAUGAGGAGUUUGGCAUACUCGAAGGCUUGAUGACAACUGUACAUGCUACAACAGCAACACAAAAGACUGUAGAUGGUCCCUCUAUGAAGGAUUGGCGUGGAGGACGAGGAGCUGGUCAAAAUAUAAUUCCAAGUUCAACUGGUGCAGCAAAAGCUGUUGGAAAAGUUCUUCCUGAGCUUAAUGGAAAGCUCACGGGAAUGGCAUUCCGUGUCCCAACGCCCAAUGUUUCAGUUGUAGACUUAACUGUUCGGCUUCAGAAGGGUGCUUCCUAUGAAGAUAUCAAAGCAGCGGUCAAGUAUGCUUCAGAGGGACCACUAAAAGGCAUUCUUGGAUACACUGACGAGGAUGUUGUCUCCAAUGACUUCAUUGGUGAUCCAAGGUCGAGUAUUUUUGACGCUAAGGCCGGGAUUGGGCUUAGCGCAUAUUUCAUGAAGCUGAUUUCGUGGUAUGACAACGAGUGGGGAUACAGUAACCGGGUGCUGGACCUGAUAGAGCACAUGGCUUUGGUGGGAGCCCACAACUGAAAACUGAGUUUUGUUGAUGUUGAUGUCGGGUAUUUUUAGUCUUCAUUAGUUAGGUUACAUGGUCUCAGGUUUUGGUUUUGAUCAUAACCUCAUAAUUUAUAGAGAUGCGAGAUUAAGCAUCACUUUUACAAACUCUGGGAAAGAAAUAAAGAAAAGUUCAUCCUGUUAACUGUCGGUUGGAAUUCGGUUUCAUGAACCACUGAAGUUCUAAGAGAUUCGUUUUACAUGCAUGGCAUUUUAAGAAUGAGCGAUUUAUGUUA